AUGGAACAUAUUCUUCUUGCUACAAAUUAUCCUAAUCUAUGUGGAAUCAGUUUAUAUAAUAUAGAACCAGAAAAAGCUAUAAAUCUAUUUACUGGUGAUACAAUAGUUUGUAGUCUUCUUACUAAUCAAAUUAAACAUCUUGAUGUUGAAAUCAAAGAUGAUAUAACAAGAGAAUUCUCUGAUGAAAAUGAAUCAAAUAUGUUUGAAUUAAUAUUAUCUUUGGGUAAAUGUCUAGUAGAUUUAACUUUUAGUGAAUGGUUUUCUGGUAAAAGCCUAAACAUAUCGACUUUAAAUAUAACAUCAACUGGUUGUGUAUCUUCAAGUCUAACUAAAUUGAAAAUUGAAGUAAAUACCUUUGAUGAUUGUCUUUAUCUGCUUGAUGGACGUCUUCAAUGUUUAUCUACAUUGAUUAUCAAGAUAUUUGAAAUUUGUUAUUCAUUAGCAAAUAUAGAUAAUAAAAAAACAUUACCAAAAUUGAAAUGUUUUUCGUUAACAUCGGAAUGUUAUACGCAAUUUUAUGACGAUGGAAUUGUUUUAUUAUUACGUCGAAUGUUAAAUCUUGAGAAAUUAACAUUAUUUCUUUUGGUAUCCAAAAUCGAAUCAACUUAUAUUGAUGGUAUUCAAUUAUACGAUGAAAUUCUUAUUUUCAUGCCACGAUUAAAUAAAUUGACUUUCAGUAUAAAUACUCUUGUUUUCAAUAGAUAUAUUACAGUUGAUCUUCCAUCAAACGAUGAUAUUCAAAAUAGUUUCAUCAAAAGAAGAUAUCAACCAGUUGGUUCAUAUGCUGAUGAAAAACUUACGGACUACGCAGGCAGAUGCCAUGUUUAUUCACUUCCAUAUCAAUUUGAUUGUUUUUAUCAUCUGACCAACUGUUUUCAAGGUGGCAUUUUCAAUAAAGUUCGAUGGUUGGCAAUGGCUGAUCAACAUCCAUUUGAACAUGAAUUAUUUGAAAAAAUUUCUCACGAUUUCCCUUUUCUUCAGAAAUUAGUCGUGCUCAAUUCUAAACCGCAAAAAAAUAAGCAACAUGCAUCUACGUUGAUCACAUUUGUUCAUCUAGUUGAACUCGAUCUUCGUCUGGCACAUACUAAUUAUGUCGAACAAUUUCUCUUGGAAACAAAGACUUGUUUACCUCAUUUGAAAAAUCUCGUCAUCGAAUAUGAAUCAUUAGCAAUGAUAACAAAUAAUUUUACUAAUGAUGCUACACGUCGCAAUUGUAGUCAAUUGCGAAGAAUUGAUAUAGAUAAACCAUUUAUUUGUCCAGAAAAUUUUCAUUCAUAUUUUCCUUUAUUUAAAGAUCGUUUAUUUCAUUAUAUUGAUAAAUCAAAAAAACCACAAUGUAAAAAUAUUAAAUUCAAACGUGUUUUUCAAUUUCUUUAUUUACUUCUUAUUCAAUAUAUUUAUGAUGAUUUUUGUAAUCCAACAACAUGGAGAUAUGGAAAACUAAUUCCUUAUUUUCAAUUAUGUUCUAUAUCUUAUUAUAAUCCUCAAAUUAAAAAUUGGACACAACAUUUAAUUGAAAUUGAAUAUCGUGUUAAAGAAUCAACAACACUUUUAUUUUUUGUAAUUGAUCAUAAUAAAAGAUCAUUAGCAAUUAUAGCUGAAGUAUAUUAUUUAUCAGCACAUCGUAGUAAUAUAAUUGUUGUUAUGAAUUCAAUGCUAGAAAAUAAAAAACAAAUAAAAAUUUAUUCAAUAAAAAAUUUUAUAAAUGAUAAAAGAUAA